AUGGCUAAAAGAACCUUGGGCUUAGGAAAACAAAAUAAAGGCUUGAAAAAGCAGAAAAAAUCCGAGACUCCCACUCCAGAAACUACACCGGCCGCCAACCAGAUCACCGUCGAGGUCGAUGAAAAUGUGGACCCUGACAACGAGCUAGUCCAGCUCAAAGGACUGUGGAAAACGUAUUUUGAUUCAGACAGAAGCGACGAAUUGGUGCUAAAUGGACUUGUGCAUGAGUGCGAUCGUCUUCUUCGUAAUGACGGAUCAGCUGCAUCGCCAAAAACCGAAAACGACGAGAGUGUCAAGCCCGUUGAGCUCACAGACGAGUUCUACGCUAUUUUUGCCCUUGCUUUGAGUGAACUGACGAUUUUCAAAGCCGGCGAAGAACAGGAUGACGAAACUGAAGCGAAGAAAACCGAAAAGAGCGUUUCUGGAUUUUUCGAUGCUGCACUUGAAAGAUGCCAGAGCGGUCUUGAAAAGACUCCCGAGUCGUCGCUACUGAAACUGGUACACGCCAAGAUCGCUUUGCAAAGAAUCCCACUUCAAUACAUUUCGAAAUUAACCGUCAAAAACAAAAACGCAUCGGAAUUGAAGCUGCACGAGUUGCUGGAGCAAGCCAAGCAAAACUUGGAAAUUGAAGCCAAAUACCCAGAGCUCACUUUCGAGGUUCUGCAGCUGUUCGACGACUUGCUCGAUAUUGUUGAAAACUUUGGCCACGAAGAUGAUAUUGACGAAGGUUUGGACAGCGACGUCGAGGACGAACUGAAGGAGGUCAAGCUAUCGUCCAAGCAUCCGCUCUACCAAAUCCGUAACGAAACUUCUGCCAGCUACUCAUUUUUGCGCGAAAAGCUGAAAUCGCUUCUAAAGCUUACCAAGCCCGAGACCAAAUUACACCGCUCGAUCGCCAGAAGACUAGGUCAGCUACAUCUAACAGCAGCUGAACAUCCCUCUCGAGUAUUCCUGCAAUUGACGUACGAAAACGACGAAAACAAGAAAGACAUCGAUGGAUUAACAGCCUCAGAAGCCCAAACUGAAGCUCUCGGCCUUGUCACUGACGCAGUAAAAUAUCUAGAACAAGCAAGCGAGGACGACGAACCUCAGACGUGGGUUGACGUUGCUGAAGCACUCACUGACGCGGGUAACUUACAUGAUGCAGACUCACAAGAACAAGAACAGUGCUAUGCGAAAGCUGAAAAGCUUCUGAGAAAGGCCAACAAAGCUACUCACGGAAAAUACCAGGACGUUCUUGAUAAUUUGCUAGUGUCAAAAGACGACGAGUAA